AUGUCUGACUGGAAGGAUUCAGAUAAACAGAACUGCUCUACCUUUUCUGAUGUGGCAAAUUUCAAGAAUGCUUUAAGGCAGUUUCAGAAAGUAGUUGAAAAAACAGUAGCUCAGAAGAAGGAGGAAAGAUUAGGCCUGUACAUUAAAGAUGAGAAUGAAAUAGAUUAUGAUAAAUUCUGUGCAACAGUACAGACUCUUUUUGGUCCGGAAGUGAAGGAUCAAGAUGUUAAGGCCUUUUUUAGGAAGAUUAGUAACAAUCCUGAUGGAAAAAUAGAAUGGUGUGAGAUCUUUGGCUAUUUUAUAAUAGAAGGAGAUGCUCUUGCUUCCCAGCUGGAUGAAGAGAACAUGGUUUUCCUGGUGUCCCGAAGGCGGCAGAUUACCAAAGCAGGUAUCAAGAGACGAGAUGCAAUUAGGUGUAUAGUUAAGGUGCCACAGCUGGAUUUCCUGGUGACAGCUUCUCAGAAAGGCACGUUAACUGUUUUUAAUAGCCAGAUGAGGGUUCUGGCCAGCACAAAUAUUGCAGAUAGUUCAUGGAUUACUGGAUGCGACUACCUUACUCAGCUCAAACGGGUGGUGGCUGUAACUGAAAGAACUGUUAUCAUCUGGGAUUAUAAAUCACAAGGCAGCUGCCAGGAUAAUUGCUUUAUUAUCAAACCAAUGGAACAUUGUCUGCUUUGUGUAUCUACGGUGAAUAUAUCAGAUCAACAGGCUAAGGAUGACGUUUUAAUGGGAGACGAUGGUGGUCAUGUCAACCUACUUACAGUGACCAGUGAUGACUUUGGACUAAAGCAGUCUAAAGCCAAACGAAAAUCACAAUUGCACAUCUUGGAUUCAAGGAACUUUAAAAACAUUAAACGGAAACUACAUGAUGACUGGGUUGUGAAAGUUAAGUACAUCUCUGUCCUGAAUUGUUUUGGAUCCUGCUCCUUAGACAGCGUACAUUCAUUUGUUUUGGAUGACUUAAAGAGACUAGAGGACAACAAACCUGUCAGAGAAUUUUCUGUCCCAAAGGGAGUUAAUGCCUUCACAUAUUGUGGAAAAGCAAACAUUAUUGUUACUGGAGGUGAUGAUAAAGUUCUUCGUUUAUGGCAUCCCAGUAUAAACACCAAGCCAGUGGGGAAACUGUUGGGGCAUUUAUUUAGCAUCAUGGAGAUUGUCACAAAUGAAAAAGAUCAGCACAUUGUCAGCCUUUCCUCUGCAAAGGUUUUUAGAGUGUGGGAUAUACAGACCCUUUCGCUACUUCAGGUCUUCCAUGAUAUUCAAGGAAGACCUGGAGAAAUGCAGAUUUAUGCCAUGGUAUUUGACAAUACCCACGGCAAACUGAUUACAGGAUCAUCUGUCAUUGAUAUUUAUCCUCUAACCCAUAUGAUACAAGAUACAAAACAAAUCCCACAAACACAUGAGAAAAGCAUUAAUGUACUGGCUUACAACUGGGCUUUUCACCAAGUUCUCACCAUUUGUGCUGAAUCUAUUGUGAAGAUUUGGGAACUCGAAACAGGAUAUCAAGUAUACCAGAUUGAAGAUGCCCAUGGGCCGAAUAUUGAAAUAACAUGUGCAGUGAUUGAGAAAAGUGGUUUUCAUUUUGCUACAGGGGCAUGUGAUGGAACAAUGAAAAUUUGGGAUUUUGGAAGUGGGCAGGAGAUUAAAGCUUUGCCUCUAGCACGAGAGAGCAGAGAAGAUGAGCAGUGGCUGCAGCUAGUUUAUCUGAAGGCUAAUGAAAGUCAGCACAUGAUCCUGGCCUUGGAGCAGAGUGGAAAGAUCAAAAUUGUUCAGACUAAUAAAGGGGAAGCUUAUCUGACUGUCACCUGGGAGCUUCCUGAGGCUAUAUCAUUUUUGCAAAAGAAUGCCAUCAUAUGUGUACAGCUGAAACCCAAUACAAGGCAACCAAAUGGAUUUUUUCCAGAUGUUCAGCUGUUGCUUGACUCCAGUUAUGAGAAUGAAGAAACACAGGAUCUGCCACCUGGCUCAGAAACAAAGUGCUUUGAUGUGUUAAAAGUAGAGGAAUACAGCUUGUUAGCUACUGGCAGAGCAAAUGGUGGAAUUACUUUGUGGGAUUUUGAAUCAGCCACUGUCAGAUACUUCUUGGAGAGCUAUUUAGAUCAGUCCUUGGACAUGGAUUUCUCUUCCAUGCAGUGUCUCCUUGCCCUCAGUCUGAUUGUUGAAGAUAUACUGGACUCUGCCUUGAAGGAGGACUUAUGGUGGAGAAGUCGUCAGUGCAAUCAGACCUCUGCCCCCGAAGUAUCUGGAGUCACUGCUCUGCUCUUCCUUUUCCCACCUGCCUCAUUUUCCAGGCACGCUACUCCCAGGUCCUCGAUUGUUUCUCUCUUUAUGAGUGAUAUCACUGCCAUACAGGGCCCUGAAUACAGCCAUGUGAGCCUGAAGAAGGAGAAUCUGAAAAGUGAAGUAAAUAUUAAAAUAACAGAAGAUACAGAAGGAGAAGUGGAAGAGACAGUCAAGUCUAAGAGCGUGAGCUUCUUUGAUGCCAAAGGAGAAGCACCUGGAAUAUCCAAAAACUUCUCAGGAUAUAAACGUUCACCAAUAUUGGCUUCUGCUCAUGAAAAUGGAAACAUCUAUCUGUGGAAUAUAAAGGGAGAUCUGCUGAGAGAAGUUUUGCCCUUCACAAAAUACUCUGCUACUCCUUUGACAGCCUUGUGCACAGACCUCUCUGUGAGAAUGCUUUUGGCUGGCAGCAAGGAAGGACAUAUUAUGUGCUGGGAUAUUGGCUCAUUUCUGGAAGAUCCAGAAGAUAGUAACAAGCAAGUAAAGCAGCAACUUUUCUGGAGAGCUCAUUCUACCAAGGUAGUCAGCUUAUUCUAUGAAAAGGAGAAAAAAGUGGUGGUAACAGCCUCUGUGGAUGGUUCUGUCAGGCUCUGGCAUGCAACCAAUGGACACUAUUUUGGUUAUUUGGGACAGCCCAGGGUGUUUGAAUUAUCAGAACCCAGUGAUUUGAUUUUGCCCUGUGAUAUUAAUGAAUUUCCUACCAUAAUAAAAGAAAGCAACAAAUACAUGGAAAUGAAACAGACGUUUGAAUAUCCUCUAGUACUGGACAGGGAAAAAUGGAAAUCACUGACCAGAUCAUCAUUAAUUAUAAGGAAGCCUAGACCUGCUGAAGUGGAUCGGGAUUUCAAGUUUUUCAAAGCCCUCGCUUCUCCUAAGAUUAAUAGACAACCUUUGGAGAGUUUCAAGUCAGGAAACAAAGAAGCUGGGGUUGUGUUUGGAUCUCUACCUAUAUACAGAGUCAUCAGUUCAGCAAAGCUAAGAAAUUUUCCCCCACUGUGUUCAGACCCAAACCGAGAGUCUGUGGGGAGCAUUGUCAAAAGGCAUAAGCGUCCUGCAAUUUGUGAACAAUCAUGUUCUUCGGUAAGAAAAACUGAAAAAUGGACUGUGACCCCUGGGGAAAGUCUGGCUCAAUCCUUUCCUUCAACCAACCCUUCCUAAAGCAUGAGAUUGUAGGAACUGCUGUUCCUGUAAUCAAAAAUAAAACUCUGGCACCAAGGGAAAAUGGAUAUAUUUAAAGAAAUUGUCACCAACAAGCAAGCAGGCUAAACCUCAAUACUGACAUUGUAUCAUUUCACAUAUCAGUAGCUCUCUUAGCUAGGAUAACUGCCAUUCUCCAUCCCAGAAGAUGUGGAAGAUGCUCACGAGACUUCACAGCACAUAUCAUCUAAGGCACACUCACCUCCUAAAACUGCACAGUAUGACCAGAAAUAGUUCAUUGUUCUCAUGACACAGGAUAUUUGCAAACAAUUGACAGCUGUGGCUUUUCUGGUUUUUAAGUGCAUGUAUUUCUAAAUGUUUUACAUUAUUCUAAAUUUAUCAUGAUAGUUGCUUGAGUCCCCAAGCCCAUUGCCUAGACAGUGUAAAAAUAAGAAAAAAUGUGGUCCCUGCCUUAAAGUGCUGAGAACCUACAGGAUGAGACAACUGGAUACAACUAACAGCCAAAGGAAAGAUAAGAUUAAAAGCCAGAGAACUGUGCCUGUAUAGGGUUGAGGGGUCAGGCAGUGACUGUAUGCAUGUGCACUUAUGUACACAUGCACGUAUUUUUGCAGUGUUCAAACCUAUAGUAACAGGAAAUCUGAUUUCUUGCCAUGAAUAUGAUUCCAUAGUGCUUACUUAAUCAAAAUUCCCUCUGACUUCAGUAGAAGUUUCACCUAAGUUAAGAUGGUAGGCAUGGGAACCCAAAGCUCACAAGAUAUGACAGCAGAAAUAGACUCACUUUGCUCCUCUGCAAACUUGGAAAUGCAGUGCAGUCUUGUGUUGGUUCUUUCAUCCUAAAGUUACUGGGGAAGAUUAGGAAAGGGUUAGUAAGGGGAGAAGGAUUAAAAAACCAAUGGAAGGAAGGGCAUAGCAGAUGAAAAGUAAAAGGAAACAAGAUAAUUUGAGG